AUGGCGAAGGCCGAAGGGGACUCCCUCGUCACGCUGCCGGCCGUUGCUGCCGCCAUCUUGACCUACUGGAUUGUCGCGACAGCCUACAACUUUCUCCGUGCUCCACAACCCCCAACAACGAUACCAUGGAUGGGCUACGGCAAAGGCUGGCUCGCAGGUUUGCGCAACUACACUGCAUUGAAAAAGAGCAAGGAAUGGUUGCUUGCAGGCUAUGACAAGUACAGCAGGAAGAACCAGAUCUUCGUGCUACCUGCAACGCUUGGCAUGCAGCCUGAGAUUGUCAUGCCUAGGACCCAGCUGAGUUGGAUGUUUGACCAACCUGAUCACAUUCUCAGUACGAGCGAGGCACAUUACGAUUCUCUUCAGGGCGACUUUUCGUUUGUCAAGCCCAUCAUUUUGAAGGAUCCGUAUCAUGAGCAUGUGAUUCACAAGAACCUGGUGCGCAAUUUAAAUGCGGUUCUUCCGAGUAUGGAAGAUGAGAUACCACAUGCCGUAGAAGCUGUAUACGGCAUGAAUACGGAAGAGUUCAUAAAGGUGGAAGCGCUGCAGUCCUUUAUGAAGAUGAUUCCUGGGCUCACAAAUCGCAUGCUGGUCGGCAAAUCGCUCUGUCGCGAGCAAAAGUUCUUGGACGCAGUACUAGCCUUUACGACAGACGUCAUUCGAACGCAGGCGUUUAUGUCCCUGCUUCCAAAGGCGCUGCAUCCCAUCCUCGGCAACUUGCUCAGCUUGCCCGUCAAGUACCACUACUGGCAAUCUUCACAAUGGACACUACCGCUGAUCAAACGGCGCAUUUCAGAUAUCACCAAGAAGGACGCUGGCGACCCUGAUUAUGAUACUUGGAAGGAGCCGAGUGACUUUAUUACUUGGAGCUAUCGAACAGCUCAAGCCGAGGGACGUCGCGACGAGAUGCAGCCUGACCGCAUCGCUCAGCGCAUCAUGCCCAUCAAUUUUGCUAGCAUCCAUACCACAUCUCUGACGGCCUACGAGACGUUGGGCAGCAUUCUCUGGGCGGACGCAAGCGUCAUCUCAUCUCUACGUGAAGAGGCACACCGCAUUUUCAAAGAGGAGGGAGGGUGGACCAAGCAGGGUCUCAGCCGAAUGCACCGUAUCGACUCUGCAAUCCGAGAGUCUCAACGCGCCUCACCAAUUGCGCUGACGUUCGUACAUCGGAAGGUCGUCGCAAAAGAGGGUAUUACUACUCCUGAAGGCAUCCACCUUGCGCACGGGGUACUCCUCUCAUGCCCAUGGACGGCGCUAGCUGGCGAUACCGAUAUCCACGAAAACUCGGAAGUCUUCGACGCCUUCCGAUAUUCACGCCCUAGGGAGGAGUUUGAGGCGAUGAGUACAGAGGAAAAGGCAAAUGUCAACGCAUUGAAGUUGAAGCAGACAGGUCUCGUAACGACGGGCGUUCAUCAUCUACCGUUUGGUCAUGGUAGGCACGCUUGCCCAGGCCGCUUCUUCGUGUCGCAUGAACUGAAGAUGAUUUUUGCACAUCUGCUCCUCAACUACGACUUCAAGCCGCUCACUGAAAAGCCAAAGAAGAUCUGGAUGAUAAGGUUCCAAAUUCCGUUACCACUUCAUGUCGAGGUCCGACGCCGGAAGAGCAUAUGGACGCCAGAAGAUCGGACGUGA